CCAUUUUCGGCGCCACUGCACGAGAAGAUGCGUCCGCUGCACCUCUACUUUGACCAAGAAGGGCGGUGGUACUGCAGCUAAGGUGGUUGGUUGUGUGUCGAGUGUUUUGCCAUCCGGUGCCAAGGCCCUUCAUGGAAGGGCUUGCAGCUCUGAGGCUGACUUACAAGAAUGUUCCUACUUGGUGCAGAGAGUUGUGUAGGGUGUGUGAGUCUGUGAGAGCAAACAAGUCACAUUCCACAAGACGGAGAACCUGCAGUGCUACGAAGUCUCUGCCAAGAGAAACUACAACUUUGAGAAGCCCUUCCCUUACCUUGCAAGGAAGUUUGCCGGAUAAUUUUCUUCGCUCGUCAAUGGCUCCAAUAACGUCCAGAGGGAGCUUGGCUUGUGAGUCCGUUCUGCCCUCCGGAGCAAGUAGGGGUCAUCUUUAUUGCAACCCACCUGGGAGAAGUAGGCAUUGUCUCUCUCAUGAUGUGGUGCGAAUUGUCGGGCGAGACAAUGGUACAAAGGUUAACGUUAUGUUGGGUGGGAUUCAUGUAAACAUGUGUCAGCUAUUGCUCGGAUUGUUCCUCGAUGUGCUCCGCGGAGAAACCCAGGACUACCGGUGCUUCACGUGUAUAAAGGGUUCAAAAUCUCGUCUAAUACCUCAGGGAUUUGAUUGGAGCGCAAGGUCGGCUGAUAGAGGUAUUCAGAGAGUGACCACCUGUAAGAGACGAAAGCGUCAAAAUCGAUGAGAAGAUGGAAUUGGUGAGCUGCAAUAUGCCGGAAGGCAGUCCUUUCUCGUGCUUUUGAUGACAGAUGCUCGAAAGUGUUCUAUGCCGCAAGGCAUUCUCCUCUGAAAAUUGAGGAUCUAGUAGUCUGAACAGUAUGGAGGUUGAAUCUACACAUUUGGAAUGCAAGCUUGAGCCUCUGGUUCAUCUGCCUUGAAGUCAAAGCCGGUCGCCUGGAGAUGCAGCUCCAACCUGAUGCCGAACACCACUCCAGGGUAUCUGCAAUUUUGGUGAGGACAACUCCAGCCUCGGCGCCAAGUGCGGCUUGUUCUGCCUCGUCCUCACCAGCAAGACGAUGAUUCGUAGGAAUGUGAAGGUCAGGCGAGGCGAUAAGCCUUGUUUGACUGGUGGUAGCCGGACACGGCGUUGGAGUGGUACAUGGAGCUGCCAGCAGGUCGUCGUGGAGAUCAUGUAGGAGGGAGAGAGCUGGAGCAUACUGCUCUGUUGCAACAGCAGCGGCAAGGGGAAAACUAGAGCUGGUAGCUGGCCAGGAGGGAGGAGACCUAGAUCCGACAUGGUUUUCUUACAUGAGUCGAUGUGCUUGAUAACCUCGGGACGACAUGGUGAUUUUUGUGAUCUGGUUAGUUUAGAUAUGUUGGUUAGCAAGUGUCGUAGUAGCACUUGAGGUGAUGUGCAAGUAUGUCUAGUUGCUAGUUUGUGUGUUCUUCUCGAAUGGCAGCUAAGCUUUGCUAUAUCAAUAUGUAUUAGUUAGUGUGAACACAUA